AUGAUACGCCAGCUCAACGACGGGAUGAUGGCGCGUGUCACUGAUAACGAAACGAUUCCCGAAGCCUUUGCAUUGCCUAAGAGUGAAACAGGACUGUGUCCCGACAGUAUUAUCGAACGGGGUGGACAUGUGGAACCUCCAGGAAGGCAUGGCAAGAAACAACCAAUUCCCGUCAUUGCUACCUCUGUGGUACUGCGUGAUCAGCACCACUGCUCUGGCUCAUCUUGCCUUCGCCUGUCAAGCUUGUGUACUCCCACGUGA